CCUUUUCCCUAUUUGCUAAACCAUAAAUAGAUGAUACAAGAAGGCACACAAAAGGCGCCUGAACAAGAACCGGUCUCUCUAAGCUUAAUACUUAAUUUGUUAUUCUGAAAGUAGAAGGUUAUAAUUUCUAGGGUUUUCCAAUUCAAUCGCUUUUACUGCAAACACAGACAUUCUUCAAUCAUUUAUCUGCCCAAAAAAGGAUUUUAAAUUUCAGAAAUUUACAGAAAAAUUAUAAAUAAAUAAAUAAAUAAAAAUAGUUAGGGUUUUCUUUUGUUGUUUUAGUGUAUAUGGAUCGUCUCCGACCUAGACCGAGGCUGGUGUUUACCGGCUUCACUGAUUCUGAGGUUGAGAAAAUGGAGAAAUUUUUGGUAGAAUCAAAAGAAGAAUUGCUUAGCAAGGAAUUUUGUCAAAAAAUUGCAAAAAGUUUCAAUAUCUCAGCUGGUCGUUCUGGGAAACCUAUUGUGAAAUGGACAGAGGUGCAAAGUUGGUUCAAGAGUAGGCAACAGGACAACCCAUCUAAAAGAAUUGCUUCUUCAACCAGUGUUCCUAAAAGUGUAUCCGUGCUUCCAGAAGCUUUCCCUCCAGCAGAGCAUGAAAGUUCACAAAGACCUAGAGCAGGAGGAAAGGUCUCAGAUUUAUCAGAAAUGGAAUUUGAGGCUAGGUCAUCAAAAGACGGGGCAUGGUAUGAUGUUGAGAUGUUUCUUGCUCACAGAUUUGUUAGUUCUGGCGAAGCUGAAGUUCGUGUCAGAUUUGUUGGAUUUGGAGCUGAAGAAGAUGAAUGGGUUAACGUAAAAACGGCAGUGCGAGAGCGCUCUGUCCCCCUGGAGCAUUCAGAUUGUCACAGGUUGAAGGUCGGAGAUCUGGUUCUCUGCUUUCAGGAGAGGAGAGAUCAAGCAAUCUACUACGAUUCUCACAUUGUAGAAAUUCAAAGAAGAAUGCACGAUAUUAGAGGUUGUAGAUGCUUGUUUUUAAUCCGAUAUAAUCAUGACAACACUGAGGAAAGAGUUCGAUUGAGGAGAUUAUGUACAAGGCCUACAUUUUAGACCACUUCUGUAAUGUUUUUGCGAAGUUACGGCUUACCUUUUUGUCUUUGCACUUAGCUGGAAGGGGGACAGGUCCGUACAGAUGUCUAUAUAAUGUAGUCAAUCGUAUAGUUUUAAAGGCAAUGAUUAGAUUUAAUAAAUUUUAAGACAUAAUUGAUAAAGAUGGAUCAGAGAGUUUGAUGAUCAUCAUUGUGAAAUCAGGCGGCCAAUUAUUAUAGAUAUUAUUUGAUUUGA